UCCUUUCUCAAGUUGGGCAGGGAAGGGCGAGCGGCGUGCGUGGAAGUCAGAAAGAAGCGAUGUUGGGGCGGAAAGAGGCAGGCGCUUGGCAGGGGGAGCCUCCUUCCUCGGGUGCCUUUGUGCGUUGUUAAGGCGGGGGAAAGCCCCUCUCCGCCGGCGUCGGGCGCCCACCUGUUCCUCCGGCGGGGCUCGGGGCGGCGGGGCGCCUCCUCUUCCUCUCCGUCCCCCCUUCUUCCUCCUCCUCCUCCUCCUCCUCCUCCUCUUCCUCUUCCUCGGGGCUGCCUGGGCUGGCGAUGCUCCUGGGCGCGUCGGGCUGGCGAUGGAGCGCGGCUCGCUGGAGUGAUGGGACAGGCUGCGGAGAUCUAUUGGCUGCCGGCUUUGUAAAUUUCAUUCCGUUUGGUCCAAUCGCAGGAGGAGGAGAGCGCCGGGUACAGCCUGGACCCUCCGCUGCCGCUGCAAUCUCGCUUUUCCUCGCCGAUCCGUCGCCGUCUCUCCGCCUCGGCCGGCCCAGAAACAUUGGCUUUGCCUCUUCCCUGUGACUCGUCCGGACCCGUCGCAACGCCUUUUGGCCGUCUCGCCUCCCCCUCCCAGCGCGAAUGUAGGUCAUUUCCGACCCAAAGCACCGGGUGCCUUCCAAGCUGGGGUCGCGGCUGGUGCUUCUCGGGGGCUGGCUCUCUUGCCCGCUGCGUCGCCGCCUUCCUGUCGGCUUUUUUCUUUCUUUCCUCGCCUGCUUUUGGAGAGAGGCUGUUGCAUUCCUUUGGGCAAAGGAGAGAGGAAAGGGGGACAACACCACGUCGGGAUUGGAUUUCCCCCAAGGAGAGAGAGGGGCGCGGGGGCUGGACCGGAGCUGGGUCGGGUGAUCUCUCUGGAAGCGAACGGAUCCCAGAGCUGCAAGGGAGGGAAAUGUGCUGCAUCUAAAAUGGCAUCAUGCUGUCUCCCUCAAAUAGAAUUUGAAAGCUUCUAAAACUACAGAUAUUUUGGUUUAUCCAUGAUGUUGGAGCUAACAGAAAGGAGUCAUUGUGCCAAUACAGUGGAGUAGACAUUAAGCAUCUUGCCACUUCUUGGAUAGUGACAUCGGCAUUAAGAUAAGCAGGACCAAGGGAUGGGCUUUGGGCCUAAGGACUCCCUUCCUUCGUGCAUCUCUGGAAUUGGUCGAUGGUCAGUCUUUUGAGAUAUACAUCAUACUCCUUGGGAGUUUUCUUCCUGCUUUGCUAAAAUUACCUGUUGCCCCUGAUCCAUUUUUUUUUGGUAAAAAUAUUCCUCCCUUUUCUCCCCACACAUACUCACACACACAGCUUUUGGGAGAUAAUUUCCCAACUUAUCUGAUUUUUUUUUUUUUUUGCCUGGGUGUAGAAGACAGAGCCAGCUGAUGUUGAUGUAAACCAUGUCAAGGCCAAUGGGACUCUUAUGGCUGCCUUUGAUCUUUACUCCAGUUUGUGUCAUGUUGAAUUCCAACUUCCUCUUCUGGAUCACUGCUCUGGCAAUAAGGUUUACACUUAUUGAUGGACAAGCACAAUAUCCUGUUGUAACCACGAAUUAUGGCAAAAUCCGUGGUGUAAGAACACCCUUGCCCAAUGAGAUCCUUGGUCCUGUGGAGCAAUACUUGGGAGUCCCUUAUGCCUCUCCUCCAACAGGGGAGAGACGUUUCCAGCCUCCAGAGCCGCCAUCAUCCUGGACUGGUAUACGGAAUGCCACACAGUUUGCUGCAGUCUGCCCCCAAUACCUGGAUGAGCGGUCCCUGCUUAACGACAUGCUGCCUGUUUGGUUUACAGCCAACUUGGAUACUGUGAUGACAUAUGUCCAAGAUCAAAAUGAAGAUUGCCUAUAUCUAAACGUCUAUGUGCCGACUGAAGAUGGAGCCAACACAAAGAAAAGCGCAGAUGAUAUUACCAGUAAUGAUCGUGGGGAAGAUGAAGACAUACAUGAUCAGAACAGCAAGAAGCCUGUGAUGGUCUAUAUCCAUGGUGGUUCAUAUAUGGAAGGUACAGGAAAUAUAGUGGACGGCAGCAUACUAGCAAGCUAUGGAAAUGUCAUUGUUGUGACCAUCAACUACAGACUAGGGGUUCUAGGUUUUCUGAGCACUGGAGACCAAGCUGCAAAAGGCAAUUAUGGGUUGCUUGACCAAAUCCAGGCUUUACGAUGGAUUGAAGAAAAUAUUGGAUCCUUUGGAGGAGACCCCAAAAGAGUUACUAUUUUUGGAUCAGGAGCAGGAGCAUCCUGUGUUAGCCUGUUGACACUAUCUCAUUAUUCAGAAGGUCUGUUCCAAAAGGCAAUCAUACAAAGUGGAACAGCCCUGUCCAGCUGGGCAGUGAACUAUCAGCCUGCCAAGUACACUGCAAUUUUGGCAGAAAAAGUGGGUUGCAACACAUUGGACACAACAGACUUAGUUGAAUGCUUUCGGAAUAAGAACUACAAAGAACUCAUUCAGCAAACAAUCACGCCAGCUACAUACCACAUUGCCUUUGGGCCUGUGAUUGAUGGGGAUGUAAUUCCAGAUGAUCCACAGAUUCUGAUGGAGCAGGGAGAAUUCCUCAACUAUGACAUAAUGCUAGGUGUAAACCAAGGGGAAGGUUUAAAAUUUGUGGAUGGCAUUGUGGAUAAUGAAGAGGGUGUCUCCCCAAAUGAUUUUGAUUUCUCAGUAUCCAAUUUUGUUGAUAAUCUUUAUGGUUAUCCAGAAGGAAAAGACACCCUGCGAGAGACCAUUAAGUUCAUGUACACCGACUGGGCAGACAAGGAGAAUCCUGAAACUCGAAGGAAGACGCUGGUAGCCCUCUUUACUGAUCAUCAGUGGGUGGCACCAGCUGUUGCCACUGCCGACCUACAUGCUCAGUAUGGCUCCCCAACAUACUUCUAUGCAUUUUAUCACCACUGCCAGAGUGAAAUGAAACCUAGCUGGGCUGAUUCAGCACAUGGUGAUGAAGUUCCUUAUGUGUUUGGCAUUCCCAUGAUUGGCCCUACUGAACUGUUUAACUGCAACUUUUCAAAGAAUGAUGUCAUGCUCAGUGCAGUUGUCAUGACGUAUUGGACAAACUUCGCGAAAACCGGAAUUGUGGAAGACUCCACAGGGCCAAUUGUCUCUUCUGGGAAAACAAGGAUUCCAUAUUUCAAUCAAAACAAAAACAAAACACCAAGAGGAGCCUAUUUGCCUCAAAGAAAGAAAAGAAAAGAAAAGAAAAGAAAGAAAAAAGAAAGAAAGAAAGAAAGAAAGAAAGAAAGAAAGAAAGAAAGAAAGAAAGAAAGAAAGAAAGAAAGGAAAGAAAAGAAAAGAAAAGAAAGAGCGAGCUUACCCUCUAGGUUCCUCAGGGUGCAUUGUUCGAAAAAUGGAACUAACCCUGAAAUUCAGUUCAAAUUUGGAAGUUUAGAGGCAGCCUCCUUCAACUCCUUCAUCUUAUGUAGUACUAAGUACGAAAUGUCCAAAAUUUCAUAAUUAUUGGUGCAAAGGAAAGGAAGUUUUAAAAUUCUUUGGUGGGGUGAAUUAUUCAGUUCCCCUUCCUUUGCUUAUUCAUUUGGGCAGUUUCCAAAAAAUUAUAUUGCUCAUUCAAGUGACUUCAAGCCUUAAAGCUGCAAAUUUUUCAGAAGAUUAGUAUGAGCCUAAGAAAUAUCAUCCGAAUAAAGUGAUUUAAAGGUUUUUAAAUAGUUGGUAUUGUGACAAUAGAAGGACAGCUUUCUCUCUUAUGGCCCCAUCCUUGACUCUCAUUGCUCUACCCCAAAGCAUAGUGGUUCAAACUCCCUCCAUAGACAUACUCUGGGAUUAGAAGCUAUAUGUGUAUAUGUGUCACACACUUCUUAUCUUUCCCUAACCUUGGCAUUUCCACCUAUAUUAAACCUUAACUAUACAUAUUGCCUUCUCUGUUUCCAGAUUCCAAAUCCAACAUGAAACUUCAGUCAAUGUUGCACUUUGGUCCUAAUAGCUUUGAAGGAAAAGCACAGAACAAGUCUGAACAUCCUGAACAUUUGGCUUUGAGGAUCCGAUUUGGCUUGGGCUUCAGGCUGAGAUUUUAUAUCACCAACUAAACUACAUCACUAUCUUAGUAAUGUAGCUGACCCCCAUCUUCAUUUACUUGGAACAGGAUACAGUUCCCCUUUUGAUCAGGAAGCAGCUGACUGAUGUCCCCAGUUUUUUUCCCUUGAGUAAUUUCUGGUUCGACAGCCAAAUGUAGGAUUCCCUCUUGCACUGAAGCUUGGUCUCAGGAGGGUUGGAAACACUUGUUUCCCAAUUGACAAGACAACAGAUUCCUGUCACUCAAAGUGGCUACCACCCAGCAAAUGAGGAUAGAGGGACUUUCACAUGUACUGUGUGUUCUAUAAACUAAAGAAUACACAGGGAUCAUAUAUAUGAAUCAGUCAUGAAUGCAUAACCUUAGGUUAUGCCUUAUUGCAUUCAAGUCAGGGUUCUUUAUUUCCACUAUUUAUUUUGCUCCAUUGAGUGUAUGGAUAAAGGUCAUGAGACAGAAAACCAAAAUGAAUUAAAUAUUUAUUGACAAAAGGGUAAGAAUAAUAUAUACUUGUUAAAAUAAUGAAGCCAACAGCAUGCACUUGUUUUUUUUUACUCCCAAAGGGAAUUUUUAAUUAAUCAUUAUUAUUUUAUAAUACAUAAUAAUAGUUACAAUACAUUUUCCUUUUCCAUUCCCUUCUCCCUCCACACACCCGCUCACUUGUUGACAACUUAAACAUUUUUUUCUUGUUACAUGAGCCUUCUAUCCAUUCUAUCCAAUUUUUUCUUCCAUCUUUCGUCAUAUGGUUUAACAAUCUGUAGCCAUCUGCUAAAUGGAGUCCAUAUUUCUUUAAUUUUCUUCUGUUUGUCUGACCAUGUUUUUUGCUUCUUAUAAUAUCUAUAAUAUCCAGUUGUAUUUGACCCCACAUAUAUUCAUACCAUUUUUCAAGUGUCCAUUUCUUUUUAUCCUUCCACACCCACGCUAUUACUGCGUGUGCAGCUCUAAACAUUAUCAUCAGUAAUUCUCGGUCUUGGUCCAUAAUUCUUCUAUCCCCAUAUAUCCCUAUUAACAAAAUUUGUAUAUUUAUAACAAUUUUUGUUUUAGUAUGUAAUUCGACCUGGGUUAGAAUUUCAUUCCAAUUUUUUUUAUCUCUUCACAUUCCUACAAUAGAUGUGAGUACCAUGCCUCCCGACUCCCACAAAGCCAACAUUUGGGAUUUAAUCCCUGAAUCAUGUGUGCCAACUGAAUUGGUUGUCUGUAUCAUUUUGUAAUUAUUUUCAAUUCUAAUUCCUUAUAUUUUUCUGUUUUUAUUUUAUUUAAACCCUUGAUUAUCUUUUCUAUCUUUUCUUUUCCUAGCCCCCCUUUCUUUUCCCAUGUGUUUUCCAUUAUUCUAUACAUGUCUCUCUUUUAAUAUCUUGUCUAUUAUAUUUUCUCCUUCAUUACUUUCUUCCUUCUGGAUUUGUUCCCAAAUUCCUCUUAGUGUUAACCAAUUUAUCCCACCCCCUAAUCUUUCCAAUUGUUUCCAUUCCAUUAAUUCCUUAUUUUCAUUAUAUAAAUCUUUAAUUUUACUAUAUCCUAUUUGUUUCAAUUUUUUAUUAUACUCCUGUCCUCAUUAUUUCUUAAACUACCUAUUGGGGCUUCUUUUGAUAAAUAUGGCAUCCAUUUCUCUUUCCAUUUCCCCCAUAUUUUAAUGCUAUUUUUCUUGGGCCUAUUGUUUUUUCUAUUCCCUCUUUUAAUUUUUUUUUGUAAAUAUUCCAUAGUCUCCUUGACUUUUAUUUAUUUCAUUCUCUAUUCUUCUCCACCUCGCUUGCUUCUCCUUUACCAAUUCCAACAACUCUUUCAGCUGGAAUACUUUGUAGUAUUCUUGCAACUUUGAUAUUCCCAUCCUAUUUCUUUAUUGGAUCUAUACAGCUCCUUAUUACUUAUUCUUGAUUUUUUUCCCCCUCCAAAUAUCCACUUCCUUAUUUCUCCAUCCAUUUUUUUAAUUUUUCUUUUGAAAUCUCCAAUGGUAGAGUUCGAAACAAAUACAAUAAUUUGGGGAGUAUACACAUUUUAAUUGAUCUAAUUCUUAUUGAAAUACUUAAGUUCUUGUCAUUCCAAUUAAUCAUUUGUACCUGUAUCCUAUCCCAUGUCUUCUUAUAGUUAUAACCCCAGAUCCUUGUUGGUUUAUUAGUUAAAUAAAUUCCCAAAUAUUAAAUUUUGUUUUUUACAAUCUGUAGAUCUUUUCUUUUCUGGAUCUCUUCUAAAAUUCCUUUCCCCAGAUUAAAACCCAACAACUUUGAUUUUGUCAUAUUUAUCUGUAAACCUGUGAUUUUAUAAUAAUCUUCCAAUAUUACUUCCAGUUCUUUGAAGGCAUCCAUGGAUUUUCUGAUUUCAUUAAAAAAAAUCAUCUGCAAACAGAUUCACUUUCACUUCCUCCUUUCUUAUCCUAAAACCUGUUAUUCCACCAUUGUUUUUAAUUCUAUCUGCUGAAUAUUCUAUAGCCAUUGUGAAUAACAUUGGUGAUAUAGGACACCUCUGUUUAACUCCUCUUUCAAUGUCUAUUUCUCUGGAAUAUCCUUCAUUAACUUUCAGUUUUGCUACUCCUUUUUUAUACAUUUCUCUUAUAACUUCUAUGAAUUUUUGUCCCAAUCCCAAAUUCUCCAUCCUUUUAAAUCCUUUUAAAAACAGCAUGAACUUGUGAAAGGAAAUAAAAAUAUAAAAUCAGAUUGGUCUUUAUAAGUGAACAAAAAUAUGAGACUUCUGUAGGUCUCUUGGAUGUUGGUUGGGUUUUUUUCCACAAGUUUCCAUUUAAGAUUUCAAUUUUGGUAACCAAAUGUAUAACUAUAUAAUUAUAAUUACAGUGUUGUGUGUGUGUGAGAGAGAGAGAGAGGGGGGGAGAGGGAGGGGGGAGGGGCUGAUGUAGCAAGCUUAUCUAUUCUGUCCUUUCCCCUUUGUUUUGUGCUUCACUCAUGAUCAUUGGGAGAUUCAGGAGACAGCUACUAUAUAUCUUUACUUUGCAAGAUGGAUUCAAAAUUCAGGAUGUAGACCCUGUAUUUCAUCUUCACCUGUUCCCAUAAAGUGAUGAGAGCUUCCCAAGGAAUUAUCCAAUGUGGAGCUGAUUGGCAUUCCUUCCUGAAGAAGUCAUUUUGGGAUAAGAACCAAUCAUACAUGACCUUUCCAGCAAUGAUAGUGAAAUGUGGAACUUUUUUCACCUCAUGGUGCCACUGAGAGCCUUCAAAGAAAGCUAGUAGAAGCAAAGUGCCUGCACCCUUCCAGUUGUGACAUAGUAACACUCAACCAAUUAGCCAAGCAGUAAACUACAGCCACAGGCUCCAACACUACAUAGCAUAAAACAGUGGGGAUGCAUCCUCAACCAAACAUUGCAGAACAAAAGAGAAUGUGGAGCAAAAAUGGAGCAUUAUUCAGAGUUGGUAAUUAGAGCCCACUGCUAUGCUGGUCAGCCUUAGGCUAAAUCUCCACUGCCAUAUAAUCCAGUUUCAGAAUACAAAUUAAUUGAAUUGUACUGUAUUAUAUGGCAGUAUAGACUCAUUAAUCCAGGUCAGUGCAGGUAAUCUGCAUUCAGAAACUGGAUUAUAUAACAGUGUAGACUUAAGGUUACAGAUAUUCCCGAUUCUGCAAAAAGGACAUACUGUAAGGAAAUUGUUGUGGCUCAUUCAUCUUUAUUGGAAGCACUGGAGGAUUAUGGGUGGUUCCAGACAGUGAUAAAGUCUGCUUCAAUGCAGGUUUAAAAACCCAGGUUGGGGUGGACUGUAGUCCACACACCACCCCAAAAGCCCACGUUUUCCGCAGGUGCUGUCUAUAUGUUCUCCCGGCACCUAUUGGGAGAACAGGGAGACAGCCCCUCCCCCCUCCCCAAACCCCUUAAAAUGUGGGGAAACAGUAAAAAUAACUUAAGUGGCCUCCAUUAGGCCUAACAGCACAGUCCCUGGAAUGUAGAAUUGCACACAAAAAAAAAAAAAACUAAGGUGGGGUCAAAUCGCUCCUGCCUCCCCCUUGGUUUUUCGCAGGUAAUGGCACAUCCCAGAGAGGCUGUGAGCAACCUCGCACGUUCUGGGCUCCAGGAGCCCAGAAGGUAAGGGAUGGGUGUUUGGACAAGCCGCAGGGAAGUCCCAGGCCUCCCUGUGAGCCUGUCCAUACAGAGCCAUAGCUCAUUAGACUCAGGCCUUUAAGAAAGGUGCAUGUCUAAUGGGUUAUCAAAUUAAUUCGCUACAAACCAGGGUUUUCCUACAAACCAGGGUUUUCCUGGUUUCCUGGUUUGUGGCAAAUGAAUUUGUUUUUCGUAGUAGAUCAUCUGGAUGGCCCACUUUAAAUGUGGGAACUCCUGCUUUAAAGGGGCUGUCAAGAUGUGUCCUUAUUUGGAUGUAGGGAUGUACAAAUAAAAUAAAUAUCAGCAAGGCAAGUGUAUAUAAAAAUACUUCAUACUGUAAAAAACAAUCAAUUUGUAAUACUAUUAGAAUGUUUUGUAGAACAUCUGAUGCAACUGACUUUGAGAAUCAAGGGGGUUAGGAUACAGGUGCACUCUAGCUUCCACCAUUUUACACAUCCAUAAAAAGCCCUGCUAUUUGGUCUUAAAUUUGAGGGCUGCAAAAGCAUCCAAAAUAAUGCUUCACUGCCAAAACCUUGUCUUUCAAACAUGAUUAAAAAUUUAGCAAGUGCUCCAAAGUAGCUGACAAGGACUGGGGCAGCUGGGAAACUGACCUAAAAUCAUGGAGUGGGUUAAUGAAGCAGCUAUCACUUGGACAACUUCUAGAAUUGAAGAUUCCACAGUGCCACUGGAACAAUAUGCUACUUGCCUAUGGCUUCUGGUACCAAACUUUUGAAAUGGUCCAUCUGAAAAUGAAAAAGCAUUUCACAAAGUAAUUGUCAGGACUGGUGAGAUAACGGCCCUUGAGGAUAUUGAAUCUUAGGCACUGUAGAAGAAAACUCCUCAUAGUUUUAAUGGAAUUUAGAGAUUGGGAAGUUUGGGUAUUAACCAUCUGAACAGAAGUGGACAACUGCAUCACAGAGGAAGGUAGUUCCAAUGUGUACAGUAGGCAUUUGCGAUCCAUGAAAAAAUGAUUCAAUACUCACUUCUAAAGUAGGGGGCGCUGGUGCUUUGUUUCUAAAACUACUUCUGAAAUUUGGCCCAAAAAGUUUUAAAACUUAAUGAAUAUACACAAUAUUCAAAAUUAAUUCAUUAAUGGCAGACACGCAUGUGCAGUGGCCAAAAACAGCAUGGGGGAGUUUUACAGGACUCUACAACCAUCAUUUUUUGAGCUAUCCUCUUCAAACUUGGUACAAUGGUAGAACCCAUUUAACGCUGCUAGCUCACUAAAAUUCAGAACGUUUUUUCUUAUCCUCUGAUUUUUGGAGAAUUUCCAUAGCUUUUAUAAUAAACUAUUUUUAAUAAUUGCAGAAA